AUGUCGACGCUGAUCAGUGAUGGAGCCUCUCCACCGCAAAUCAAUAGCGAGGAGCCAUCUCAAGCUCGAAGAUUCAACACCCGUCGACCCAGCACCGCCCGGGCCAGCUUCGUACAGCAGAAACUACAGACAGCGUUGUCCCAAGCGGAAAAGACCUCAGCAGAGUUGGGCCAAAGCUCAAACCUCGGACAACCUGAGGAUUCUCGAGUCCAGGGGGAGAUCUACGUGGAUCGGAGUGUCGCUCGCUACCGAAGCGCCGCUAGUGUGGUUUCGUACACUGAUCCAGCCACAGCCUUCUCCUACUCGACGAGUUUUAUGCCAGGAGUUCAUUUCUACACAUUCCUCGCCGCGAAAGAGGCUGCUCCACCACGAACUGCGAGAGGAGGGGUGCCAAGUCACAGCAUUAGUGUUAACAAUGCGUCUGGGUCAGGUGACAACAGCUCAAGACUCACAGCGAGAAAGCAGAAUCUGGCGCUGAAGCUGAACGUACCGGAUACGAUUUUGUACGGCGAAACGGGGCGUGCCGUGUGGAUUUACACCGACAAAGAGGGAUACGUCCAGCGGUUGACCGAGUUUAGUGACAAGCAAGUACUCGAUAAGUUUGCGGACGGUGCUCCGGCAAUAGCGGAUGAACAACACCUCGUGGUCUACAAAGAACCCAUCACUACGAUGGCGAACCAGCAAAAUAGUACCAGCAUUCAACAAGGUUCGCCGGUAUUCAACUCGCAGGGCAAUCAACUACGGCUACUGAAUCUCGGAGAGGUCAAGACGCUAUUGAACGGGGUCAUGGCCAUGCACAAGUCGUUCGCUCUCCAGCAGUUUGUCAAGUGCAAUGGGUCCAAGGCAUUCGUUCAGCGAGCAGUCUACGAGGCGGGGAAGCCGCCACACGCGUGGAUGAUCAGCAACAUCGAGCCAUUUCGAGACUCGAGUGCGCCGCAAUCCCCACCCUCGGGAACUGCUGGGCCACAGAACUCGCCGCGUCCAGGGCUGAUAAGGUCAAGUAGCUCGUCAACUAUUACGACUUCUGUUCCGGAUGGUCCUGGGGGAGUUCCACUGGUCAGUCGACUCUGCACGAGUGUUCAAACGGACAAAGGCUGCACGUUCGUCAAGCUAACAGAGCGUGGGUGUGCAGCUGUCUCCGAGCUGAAUUUGCGAAUAGUGCGGUAUAUCGAGCAGCGUUGGAGAGUUUCACUCCAGACAUUUGUGGCGGAUUUCGUCAAAGAUGCUGGUGGGGAGUGGUGGCUACUGCAGGUGAAGGCGUUCCAGGUGCAGAACAAAGUCCAUCCUGGCCGUGUGUUCUCGCUACCUCUAAAGCUGCGAAUGGCGUACUUGAACUAUCGUGACACGGUGAUCCUCGACGAAGAGGACGAUGACAAUUUUGACACUGAGGAUCGACGCAGCAAGGCUCGACUGCGCCACCGACGAGCGAUUGUUCCUCUAUCACAACGACAUAUUCACAAAUUGGUCCAAUGCAAGUGUUGUCUCGCAGCCUACCCAAGCAGUGAGCUGUCGUUCAAGAUGACGCUGAAGAUGAUCAACGACAUGCUCCUGCGGAUCCGAUCUCGUCUGCCCCCAGAGAAGACGCUACCUUUUCUCUCCGCUGCAUUCGCUCGGGAGCUACCGGAGUCAGCUGUUGCGUACGAGUCGUGGAGUGUCUGCAGCCACUGUUAUGCUAUCUACGAGCGCGACCAACAACUGCAGCGCAUCGAGACGAAAUUCUCGGCCGCGUUGGGCUUGCCGAACACUAAGACGGUGACAGAAGGGCUUAGUCGAGUUCAAGAUCCAAGCUAUGGGCUGGACCCGACUGUGAGCGCUUCCGUCAUCCCAGCGCAACUUACGUUGUGUCGCUUGGUAUUGGUGAUCAACGCCAUCUACGACAUCCCUCCGGAGCUCUACAACGCUGAACAGGAGAAUGCUCGAAUAGAAGCGGCCGCAGAUGAAGUUGCAGCAGCAGAAGGGAGGAAACGAACGCAACGUGCGAACGCGUCGCGCCUGUACUUGCGUAUCAAUGCAUUGGGAUAUACCGAGUGUAUCCCCAUUAACCCUGACGAUAUCAUGGAGGCAAGCGAGAAAGCACCAAGCGGAGCGCGUCGACGGAGAGACAGCACUGCCAGCUCUCUGAGUGAUGAAGACGACGGAGCGGAUAGUGAUCAAUCGGAGCCGCAGUCUUCAAGACGGCAGAGUUCCUGGCAGCAACUAUCCCACUCGCAGACGUUCCGUCAGCACCAACCGCCAUCGAACAACAACGACGCCAACUACUGGCUCCCCACGAACUUGAUUCGUACCAUACCAUUCUUCGCGCCACGCACGCCGCUCCAGUCAAAGUUGAAGGAAACAAGCGGUAUUACGCCAUUCCUCACUGAAGACAACAGCGUCCGAGUCCAACUAAUCCGCGCUACGGAGCCGCCUCUCCAAGAUCCGAUGACGUCGAACUCGAGACGAAGACCGAAGAACCGGCGAGCGGCGCUGGUACCAGCCGCCGGAAGCAUGUCGGAUCUAGUUAUGCAGAUGCACGGACCUAGUCACGCGAUCGUGUUGGGAUCUACGAAGAUCCGAAUGACGCAGUUCCGCAGCUCGUACGUGACGAAGAUCGACUACUACGCGUGCAUGGCUAUCACCGGAGAGAUGCUGAAUAUCAAGGGAAACAUCGGCCUCGAGCGCGUGCGCUACGUCGAUUCCAAAUUGCUCACGUCGCAGCAUCGACUGCGAGUUUACAACGGAAUUUUUGUCCCUGACGAGACGUACACAACAGGUGAUGCCUUGUCAUCUGAGUGGAUGGACUGCUUUCGAGCAUCAAGUACUUUCGUAAGAAAACCGCCUCCGAUAACCCCCACAGCUCCUGAACCUGUUGAGAUUCCAAAGAAGACCAUAAUGACCCAACGGAGGAGCACUACCGGCACCACAAGACCGACAUCAUCCAGAACUUCAUUGAUGGACGAGGAUGAAGAAAUGGACAAGGAGCUGGAGCAGAUGAUCGAGCGAGCCAAUUUGAAGCAACAAGAGGCCCAUUUCAGACAAAUGGGUCUUAAUAACUCCCCCGACAACAACGAGGAGGACGCGAAGGCGGCAUCGGCCACUGCUAUAAAGCAGGAGCUUCUUCGUGACAGCACUGGUGCUCCGGCAAAGAGUGCCUCACAAAUGGCCAUGCUGCUGAACAAACCCAUCAUUUCACCGCGCUCGGAGCUUGCUGAAGCUGAAGACAACAACAACUCCACACCACCAACCAUCGGCUCGUCAAUGAUUCUCCCGUCUCCUCGCAAUCGCAAGUGGAUGUGGUCGCUCGUAUUUCUGAUCAACCAGGCGCACAACCUGCAGUCUCGAGAGCGUUCGUGCUGCCGAUGGGAGUGCCACUACACGUUGUUCUCGCAGCGGCGGUCUGCUCUCGAGCGGCUGCCAGGAACCUCGAGAACUCCUUCUGGAACGCUGUCCACCUCGGUAUCGGCGGAUGCAAUUGCAACUCAGUCAGCAUUGAUGAAUGCAUCGCAUCUCGAGGUGCAGUUCAACUGCACGCACAAGUUCUGGCUGGCAGGGACGACGCUCAUGGUGCAGGCGUGUCUGCGCAACAACCCGACACUGAGGCUGUACUUCCGCAACGACAUGUACGCGUCGACCCGGAGCGAGUCCGAGGGCGAGUUCUACGCCGUCUUGGGUCUGUCCAAGCUGCUGCAGACGCGAGGCUUUGACACGACCAUCGAUAUCAUCGCGGCCCACGACGAUCCGACCAUAACCCCGAGGGAGGCCGCAGCCAUCUCGAGGAUGCCGCCUUACUUGUCCCUCUCCGUGCAGCUCUCUCGAGCGUCCAUCGACCCGGACGAAGCUGUCGUUGACAACAAGUUUGUAGAGCUCGGGUGCACACCGGAAGGGCUGCAAGUGCUACGAAAAGUGUCCUAA